AUGAAAACUCUCUUACUUUGGGGAACAAUCUUGCUGCUCAUAUGGCUUUGCGUGGCCGAAGGGGAUGGAGAAGGUAAAUCCACAACAGAAACAACGAGAUCAUCAACAACUGGGUCUACCACACAAACUACUGGAUCAUCAACAACUGGGUCUACCACACAAACUACUGGUGGUUCAACAUCUGAAUCCACAACGGAAAGCACCGGAUCAUCAACAACUGGGUCUACCACACAAACUACUGGUGGUUCAACAUCUGAAUCCACAACGGAAAGCACCGGAUCAUCAACAACUGGGUCUACCACACAAACUACUGGUGAGAUAUCAUAA